CUCUAACGCUGACAUAAGCCUGGGCUGGCACUGUGUGUUAUUUUGUUUUCGUAGCUUUAAACCAUGGACGACGGAUUAAAAAUGGAAAUAUCGAUCUCACCGGCCACUGAAUACAAAAUAUGCGUUAUUUGUGCUCAAGCUUGUGAAGAAAAUUACUACGCAUCGGAUGGCACUGUUGAUAGACUGAGUCUGGAAGAUAUACUGCAGUACAUUUUUGUCAAACUACAGAUAUCCUUUGAUGUAUGUUUAGUGUUAAACCUUUGUGAUGUUUGCAAAGGGGAGCUUACUGUGGCAUACCGUUUCAUUAAAAAAGUUGAAGAAGCCAGUCUUAAAAUAAGGAGUAUUCUGGCAGCGGAUGAAACACGAGAUCCGUUGAAUUGGUCCAUAAGCAUUGAAGAUAAUAGCGUUAAGUCUGGAGAAGCUGACGAUUCUUCUGUGCAAAACUGUUUGGAGUUGGAAACCGAAGAACACAGCAAACGUAGAAGAACAUCUGUACAAGAAGCAGAUGUUGAUUGUACAAGUUUCAACUAUAACGCAGCUACUUCGGAAGACGAAGAAAAAUUUGACACAAAAAGAUUUGUUUUUGACCUUGAAUCGCAGCCUGUACGUUGUUGUGGUUGUAAAGAACCUUUGAGUACCAAUGAACAGGUGCAAAGUCAUUCUGAAGCAUUUCAUCGGCGAAACAAAAUCACCGAUCGGCAGAUCAAUGAAAAUAAACCAUUCGAGUGCCUGGUAUGCUUCCAAAGAUUUCAACUCAAAAAGGAUUACCGUCAGCAUCAACGAAAGAUGUACGUUGAUGAGCUACAUUCAUGUAGGCGAUGUCCAGCUGAUUUCGCGAAUGCUCAUAGUCUUCGUGUACACGAGAAAACAGUCCACAAGAGACUGAAAAUAAAUCAACAGAUCGAUGAGAUGCGACAAAGGGUUCACAAAUGUUGCAUCUGUCGGGAGCAAUUUGAUUCCCUUGAUCUGGUGAAGGAUCAUGUGGAAAAGAACCAUCCCUCACAAGGUGAUAAUAUGGAAUCAAACAAUCAGUUUGAGUGUGAAAUCUGUUGCCGUAGGUACAAAACCCAGAAAGUAUUGAUUGAACAUCAACGGCGGCCAUUUCGGAAACAUCGAUUCCAAUGUUCCCAUUGUGGAAAGACUUUUAAGGAGAAACAGGCUUUCAUUGAUCACGAGCAAAGCCAUGUCAACAUACGUCCGUAUGAAUGUCCCAUCUGUCAAAUGAGAUUCUCACUGAAACCAAACUUCUUAACCCACGUCCGUUACCAUUCCGUGCCGAGUGACCAGUUCAAGUGUACGUUUUGUGGUAAAGGGUUCAGGAAAAAGCAUAUACUGCAGGAACACCAACUGAUACACAACAAAAGUGAGCUUCGACCCUUCAAGUGCCACAUUUGCUCGAUUGCAUUCACUCGUAAGGAUCUGUUAGAUUUCCACGUGAAAGAUCAUUUGGGCGAGAAACCCUUCAAAUGUACCCAGUGCACAGCAUCCUAUAUCUACGAGCGGGAUUUACGACGGCACAAUCGCGCCAAACACGAAGGACUGACGUUUGUGUGCGAAAUUUGUUACCGGCCGUUUAGCAGAAAGGAUGCCUAUAAGAAACAUACCAGAACGCAUAGACUUGAGAAUUCCUAGAAAUGAUCUCUUAGUAGUUUUUGUUGAAUUACAAUAAAAUGGUAUCGUUUAAAUUCCAUGCUCAAAACGAUUUCUUUUUUUUCUUUGUAAAAAUCCAACUACAUACUAA